UGUCCUGUGAGGGGUUCUCUGUCCUUGUUUUUGUUUUUGUUUUUGUUUUGUUGAAAUUACUUUCAACAACGUUUGGGAAUGUUCUUCUCGAAGGAUAUCGGUAUCCAGGUGAGCUUGCGAGGUCCAGGUUACCAGAUACAGAAUCCUGUCGGGAGAUAGUUAUGAAUGGGUAAAAGCACUCAUUUAUUAGUAUUGACCACUCACGAGAAAUGGGUUAGUAGAGAAGCGAUUGAAGUAUUAGUACUGUAAACAGUGAUCUGACAACUAGCGGGUUUCAAGGAAUUCCAAUGGUGGAAUUAAGAUGUUAUUCUUUUGCCUGCAUCCUAUUUCCCUCGCAUGGAAUUCCAGUCAUGUUAACUUAAACAUUCAUUUCACUAGCUUACAAUGGAUUGCUUACUUGGCAUUCAUUCAAUUGGUUUGUAUUGCAUUAUUAAGGCUUGCCAGUAAUGUUAUUCAUGACACAAUUAUGACAAUAAAAACCACUAUUUUACAGCACCAAAAAAACCCAAAUUAUGUUUCAUGUUGUACUCUGUUAGAAGAGUUCUUUGCGAGGAUUAAUACUUUCACAGAAACCCAACAACUGCAUGCGAAAAUUGUCUUAAGUGGUAACCAGCAAGAUGGCUUAUUCGGAGCAAAUCUUAUGAACGCUUAUUUCAACUGCAGACGUUUUGAAGAUGCACGCCAAGUGUUUAACAAAAUUCCAAAACCAAACAAAAUACAUUGGAAUACCUUAAUCAAAGGAUAUGCCAUUAAUGGUUACUGUGAGGAAGCUCUUGAGCUAUAUCAUCAAAUGCUAGUGGCAGCUCUGUAUCCUAAUGUUUUUACGUUCCCCUUUGUUGUGAAAGCAUGUGCCGAUUUAGCAGCUCUGCAACAAGGUAGGUGUAUCCAUAAACGCACAAUCAGAAGUGGGUUGGACUCUAAUAUUUAUGUAGGGAGUGCCCUGAUAGAUAUGUAUGCAAAAUGCAGGAAAAUGGAGGAUGCAUGCAAAGUGUUUAACAAAAUGUCUGAAAGAAAUAUAAUUUCAUGGACUGCCAUGAUUGCAGGGUUUGCCCAGAAUGGUAAUGCUAAAAAAGCCCUGGAAGUAUUUCAUCAGGUGCAAGUGGAGGGCAUGAAGCCGAACUCUGUUACGAUCACGAGUCUUCUUCCUGCGUGUACAAUCUUGUCAGCUGUGCAUCUUGGAAAAGAAAUUCAUGGUUGUUUGGUAAAAGGUGUAUUUGACUUUGAUGUUGUCGCCGCAAAUGCUCUGGUAGACAUGUAUGGUAAGUGUUCUGUCAUAGAUUAUGCACGGAAAGUGUUUGACAACAUGUCAACACGAACUGCGAACUCGUGGAAUGCUAUGAUUGUAGGUUAUACUCGGAACAGAAAUUGUGAUGAGGCCUUGAGACUUUUUCACCAAAUGCAAGAAGCAAGCGUUGGUCCAGACUCAGUUACUUGGAAUGCAAUGAUAUCGGGAUAUGCCCAGAAUGGAUACGCGAAUGAGGCCUUCCAUUUCACUCGCACAAUGCAGCUGGCAGAUGUCAAACCCAUUUCGAUCACAAUAUUAAGUAUCCUUCCUCUAUGUGCAAAGCUAGGAGCUCUGCAAAAAGGUAGAGAAAUUCAUGGAUUCGUAGUUAGAAGAGAAUUAGAAUCAGAGACAAGUGUGGGGAACGCCCUUUUGGACAUGUAUGCCAAAUGUGGGAAUAUAGAAAUUGCAAACAAAGUAUUUCAUAAGAUAACUCAAAGAGAUACAAUCUCAUGGACGAUAAUAAUUGCAGCCCAUGGGAUGCAUGGGCGUGGGAGAGAUUCUCUCAUACUUUUCCAGAAAAUGCUCCAAGAAGAUAUUAAACCAAACCGCAUCACCUUUAUUGGUGUUCUCUCUGCCUGCAGUCAUGCAGGCUUGGUGGAUGAAGGCUGGCACUGCUUUCAUUGCAUGAUUCAAGAGUUUUCUCUCACACCAUGGGUGGAGCAUUAUGCAUGCAUGGUGGAUCUCCUUGGCCGUGCUCACAAACUGGAUGAGGCAUGUGAAUUGAUCAAAAUGAUGCCAAUCGAGCCUGGUGCUGGUGUCUGGGGAGCAUUGCUUAGUGCCUGUAGAGUUUAUCACAAUAUAGAGCUAGGAGAAUAUGCAGCAGAACAGCUUUUCAAAUUAGAGCCUCUCAAUUCUGGGAACUAUAUACUGCUGUCAAACAUCUAUGCUGAGAGUGGUAGAUUGGAUGAAGCCAGAAACAUAAGAGUGAUGAUGAAAGACAAGGGAGUGAAAAAAACCCCAGGAUGCAGCUGGAUUGAGAUCAAGGAAGGAAUUCAUCAAUUCUUUGUAGGAGAUGUAUCACACCCUGAAACGGAGAAAAUUUAUGCAAUGUUGGAAAAAUUAUAUCAGCUGUUGAGAGCAGCAGGGUAUGUGCCUGAUACACGCUUUGCCCUACAUGAUGUAUGAUUAAAGAAGGGAGCUGCUUUUGCAAGUGGCAGCAAAAUGCUCCCCAUAUUUCGACUUUUUCAAUACAUGCCUUUUGACAACCAUUCAUUAAAUAUACAAGGUUUGAGCCAGUACCAUUGUAUUCAUGCACCAGAAAGAUUAAACAGACUAAUACUGUUUCCUUGCUUACUGGGUUUUAGUACCAUUGUUUUUGAUAACGAUGUUAUUGGGAUCAGAGAGGCAAUGAAGUUAUGGAGAGGAGGCUUCUGAUUUUUCUCAGCAGGUGCUGCUGAAAAAUUGAGGGGCUCAUGAUAAAAGAAAAAUCUGCUGUGCUUGCACUUUAUAGGAGACUGUUAAAUAUACAACAUGUUAAUAGAAAUAGAAGUUAUAAAUUCAGAGUCACUAGAUUUGGUGCCACUGGCAAAAAUAUUUCCUAUCUCAGCAGGUACUGCAAUCCUCCAGACCCCCUUUUGUAUAGUCUGCUUAUAAAUUAUACGGAAAAACAAGCCCGUUCUGAUUUAUCAAGUAAAGAAUCUAACUUCUCCUGUUUACAGAAUUUUAAACUAGAAUGGGGUCAUCUGCACAUUGAAAAGUGGAGUGGGAGUCCCAUCCAUGGAAAUGUUCCCUACUAAUCGCUCUGGCAAGUAUCAAAUAUAAGCUUGUGUGUCUUUAAAUU